AUGGAACAAGAGGAGCUUUGUGGGGCUCUGAACAAUGAGGCGGGGGCGCUGGGGCCUGGCGUCAGAUCAGGGUCGGGGGUGGGCGCCCCCCCACCCCCACCCCCACCCCCCCCUCCGCCACCACUCCACCCACCAUUACCAUCACAAUGA